AUGAUGCCAAAGGCAGCAUCUACCUCCACAAAUGAUUUUCAAGCACUUCACAUGUUUCCUGUGAAUGAAUAUUUGGUUUCAUCUUCUGUUGAACUAAGCUCUUCUGCAGCUUCACACUCUUCUACCUCCUUCCUCUUCUAUCUUUCUCUUCUGAAGGACAAGCUAGGUCAACUGCAGAACCUGGUUGGUGCUCUUGGCUCCCCUCAACAUAACCUACCCGAGUCAACUCCCAUGGCAAUCUCCACCAUUAACGCAACACUCCAAGAAAUCAUAGUGGCAGCCACUUCAAUGAGAUUCACCUGUCAACAAAUGACUCUUGGUUCCUCUUCAGGUACUAGUAUUUCUAAUGAAUUGCACCGAAACCAGAAUCAGCAACAAAUUGUUAAUGAUAGAUUAUUAUCACCUCAUCAUCCAUCAAACUUUGGCAACAAUAAUAGGGGUAUGCUUAGUAUUAGUAACACUAACAUGAGCUCGGAUGUGAUUAGAGGGCAAAGUGAUUUCUUAUCUAGUAUUGAAGGAGAGGCACUGGAUUGGCUUGCUGAAAGCUAUAAUAAUAACAAUAGUGGAGAUUGUAACAUUAAGGAUGAAGAAGCCAACAUCAACAUGAUGGGAGAGAGUGAUAUAAUCGAAUUGGAUGCUGCAGAUUUGUUGGCAAAGUACUCCUAUUUUUGCCAAGUUUGUGGGAAAGGGUUUAAGCGUGAUGCCAAUUUGAGGAUGCACAUGAGGGCUCAUGGGGAAGAGUACAAAACAAGUGCAGCCUUGAGAAGCAAGGAUAGCUUAUUGGGUGGGGGAAGCGUCACCAAGAGAUAUUCGUGCCCUCAAGAAGGGUGCAGGUGGAACCAAAAGCAUACCAAGUUCCAACCCUUGAAGUCAAUGAUUUGUGCUAAAAACCAUUACAAGAGGAGCCACUGCCCCAAGAUGUACGUGUGCAAUAGGUGCAACCAGAAACAGUUUUCGGUGCUUUCUGAUUUGAGGACACAUGAGAAGCACUGUGGGGACCCCAAGUGGCAGUGCUCGUGUGGCACAACUUUUUCUAGGAAAGACAAGCUUAUGGGCCACGUUACUUUGUUCGUGGGGCACACCCCAGCUAUUCAUGGUUUGUCAAGAUGUGUUUGA